CACAAAAAGUCUAUUAAACGUCGCACUCAAGUCUGUCAGCUAUUGUCACCACCCUACGAGGAGUUAAACUGUAGUGGCGUGUUAGUGGGGUAGUUAAUCUUCCCUGUGUUCGGACGGAGUCCUCAGAGUACGUCCAAGCAGGCUCCUCAGACUCUCUGGUGCUCCCUUCCCUCUAAGCGGAACCAAAGUUCACUCCGGAGAUGAAAAUGUCAGUUGUCUCUAACAAGCUGUGGUGCAUCCACAAACAGCUGAUUCUCUUGCUCACUCCACUGGUGUUCCUGCCGUUACUUUUUACUCUGCCGGAAAAGGAGGGAAAAUGUCUUUAUGUGGUGGUGCUGAUGGCUAUGUUUUGGUGCACAGAGGCCCUUCCUCUGGCCGUCACGGCAAUGCUACCGGUCUGCCUUUUCCCAACUCUGGGAAUUCUACCAUCCAAAACAGUCUGUCCUCAGUACUUCCUGGAAACCAAUUUUCUUUUCCUCAGUGGUCUUGUGAUGGCGUCGUCCAUCGAGGAGUGGGGCCUGCAUCGCAGAAUCGCCCUAAAGGUCCUCACUAUUGUCGGAGUAAAACCAGCCUGGCUUAUAAUGGGAAUGAUGCUGACCUCGUCGUUCCUGUCCAUGUGGCUUAGCAACACCGCCACCACAGCCAUGAUGCUCCCUAUUGCUAAUGCCAUUCUGGAGAGUCUGUUUGGAGACCUGGAGACCCUGAAACGGAAGAGCAAGUCCCCAGGGGAUCCUGAGAAUGACCAAAUAAAUGGUCAGUCCACAGUAAAGUUGCAUACGCUGCCCUCAAUGCCCUCAGAAAAAUUAAUGCUGUCAAUAGAUGGCACAGAUGAGACGGAGCAGAGUGACACGAGGACAGCUGAGGAGAUCCAAACGGAGUCGGCGUACCAGCUGAAGGUGUGGAAAGGAUUCUUGAUCUGCAUUCCCUAUGCAGCCAGUAUCGGAGGGACCGCCACGCUGACAGGCACCGCGCCCAACCUCAUCCUGAUUGGACAGCUGAAAAGCUACUUUCCAGACUGCGACCUCAUCAAUUUUGGCUCUUGGUUUGCAUUCGCUUUCCCGCUCAUGCUUCUCUUCCUGUUUUUGGGAUGGAUUUGGAUCGCGUUUCUCCACGGGGGAUUGAACACGCGAUUGUGUUUCACGCAACACGACCGGAGAGCCAAGGCAGAGGCCAGAGCAAAGGCUCUAAUAGAAGAAGAUUACAGAAAUCUAGGGCCCAUAAAUUUUGCAGAGGGAUCGAUUGCUUUCUUUUUUGUUUUGUUUGCUGUUCUGCUGUUCACAAGAGAUCCUAAAUUCGUCACUGGCUGGUCUGUGUUUUUUAAAAAAGGGUAUGUCUCAGACGCAGUCACUGGAGUCAUCAUUGUGUCCAUAUUGUUCUUCUUCCCCUCGCAGAAACCUUCUCUGAACUGGUGGUUCGACCCACAUGCGUCAAACACUCCUUAUGUCCCACUCCUAUCAUGGAAGAAAGCUCAGGACUCUGUUCCCUGGAAUAUCAUCCUGUUGCUCGGAGGCGGCUUCGCUAUGGCUAAAGCUUGUGAGGAGUCUGGACUGGCCUCCUGGAUCGGAGGCCACCUCCAGCCUUUGGCCGAGGUCCCUCCUGCUGCAGCUGUGAUGUUGAUCACUGCUUUCCUGGCGCUUUUCACUGAGUUCGCCAGCAACACUGCCACAAUUAUCAUAUUUCUACCCGUCAUUGCUGAACUGGCGCUUCGUGUCUCAGUGAACCCUCUGUACUUUAUGAUACCUGCAACAGUAGGAUGUUCAUAUGCCUUCAUGCUGCCAGUGUCCACACCACCCAACUCCAUCGCCUUCGCAACGGGACAUCUCAUGGUCAAAGACAUGGUGAAAACUGGCAUUGUGAUGAACAUCCUGGGUAUCCUCUCGGUCUCUUUGGCUAUGAACACGUGGGGCGUUGCCAUGUUUGACUUGAACGUGUAUCCAGAAUGGGCUCACCCCAUCAACAUGUCUGCUGUUGUCACUGAUGUGCACCUAUCACCUGUCCAGUCACUCAACACUACGCUCUGAUCACUCACCCAAAGACUAUCUGAAGAUUGUGUAAAGAUUGAACACUAAACAGGGACAAAAGUCUGUCCGU